GUCGCUUCGAGCGCUUUUUGCAGAGACGGCGUCAGUUAACAUAAAUGCGCUGAAUUUCACAAGAAUGCGACGGGGCGUUCACAGUUGAUUUUCGAUAGCAUCGUUAUCUCCACUCAACUCAACUUGUUUCGACUUGCUCGUACAGCGCGUGCCAGGCAGCAAAGAAACUUUGAAUUGUUUGCUGAUAAGGACUGUGAAAAAAGCUAGCAAGAGAGACGGAGAGAGAGAGAAUUGUGCACAUGUUGCCGUUGUCUGUUUGCUUACGCAAGUCGUUGCGCAUACGCAGCGUGUGACCGUGUUUACCGUUACCGCAGGCUGAGCCACCCAAAGCCACCCAUCCACAAAAGAAACUUCCAGCCAGCAGAGCUUGCGUCAAUGUCAUAAAACUUUCUCACUCGAAUCACUCCCGUUGGAACGAUGACACCAAAGUGGAAAACUUCCAUAAUACUUUUGUAUUUGCUUCUAAUCGAAAAUGUUUACAUGAAGGCCACUGUGAAGUUUACAAAUGUUAAAUGUGGAUCCCUAGACCCAAGCUUGUCCGCCAUCGAUCAGUGUCGCCUUCGUGCGAUCAGCCGCAACAAAACCCUCCUAAAUAUUGCGGUUAAUUUGCUGAAGACAGCCAAAAAACUAGACCUCCAUUGGCAAACGAAGGUAUGGGGAAAUGGCUACAAGCCCUGGUUAGGCGAAUAUAAUAUCGAUUUCUGUGCCUACUUACGCAAACCCAAUCAUCCCGUGGUGAAAAUAUUGUAUGACGCCAUCAAGCCCUUCACAAACAUAAACCAUUCGUGUCCCCUUUCGGGCAUGCUAAUUGUCAAGGACAUGUUCUGGGACAUUUCCAACUAUAAAUUGCCUAUGCCCAGUGGAGACUAUUUAGUGGUUCUGACUUGGAAACAAAACAAUAUCCCCAGCAUAUACACGAAUGUAUAUUUCACUUUUAAACAAGAUCUUAUCUACGAUUGA